AUGUCAGACUCAACUUCCAAGGAGGCUGAAGCUUCAACCCCCCAGGGUGCCGUUACCAAUCCAGUUCCUACUGCUCCUGUCGCUGAAGGCCCACCUGAUUCCGCCUUUGGUGAGCAAAACCUUAGCUUCACCACCACAGACCUCAGCCUGGUGGAGAUGACAGAAAUAGAAUAUACACAACUUCAGCAUAUACUCUAUUCCCAUAUGGAGGCACAAGCAAAUGAAAAUGAAGCAGAAAACAGGUUAAAUUUGAACUGCUUCUCAGCCAACAACCCCAUAAACAACCCACAAUACCAGUCAUCGUGUAAUACCAAUCAAGGUAGCGUUUCAUCAAACACCUCUGGGAGUCAGUCACUGUAUCCCAUCAUCUGCCAGUCCGGUUCGGCUUCUGAUAGUAGUUACAUGGGUCCCAAUCAGUGCCUUGGACAUAUUGACUUUCAGGAGCUUAGAAUGAUGUUACUUAGUGAGACUAACCUUCCUCUCAACCAGUCUGAAAAAACACCUAAUGGUAGCUCCAUAGACACCACUGGGGAGAGUUUAGUGAAAGCUAAAAAUGCUGAAAACUUGGGUGGAAUAAACAAGGAAAACUUGCUUGUGGAAAACGCAGCACCAGGUCUGGAAUCCAGAGCCAAAUCUGCAGUUCGUGUUCGAUUGGAAGAUAGGUUCAACAGUACCCAGCCUGAAAUUCCCAGGUGUCAAGAAUCACAGGAAACUGGAGUAGCCAUUAACAAUUUAGUAACCCUCAUUCGCCAUCCUUCCGAAGUGAUGGGUGUUCCUCUCCACCAGCAGCAGAAUAAAUGUACCACAUUAGUGAAAAACAAGACUGCUGCUACAACUACAACAGCAGUACAGUUUACAUGCCCACUGUUUAACCCAAAUGCUGCUUCUCCUGCAACUGGAAAUGCAAACCAGUUACAACAACAGAACUCUGGAACCUCAGUUUUGGAAGCAACUAAGCAUCCAGACCUUGGAUUGCCUCGAGCUUUUUCUAUCUGUUACCAGCAAGAGAUUGAAGCAACAAAACAGACUGUUGGGCCUAGAAAUAAGUCUCUGCCGGAACAUGUUUGGAUUAAAGUAGGAGGAGAGACUUUAUGCAAGCAAACAAUAAACAAAAGGAGCCGCAACAGAAUACAAACAUUAGACACAAGCGCACAGCGCAAACCCCUUGGUAACAUUCAAAAUGUGUGUGAUAGCCAAAGUGCAGGCCCAGCCCAAGGUGCUUGGCAAGCAUCACAGCCACCUCCAAGUGCCUCUGCGCAAAAUGGAAGUCAAGGUGGUGUUACUCAGCGCCGGGAGAGGCAUAACCGAAUGGAACGAGACAGAAGGCGCAGAAUCCGGAUCUGUUGUGAUGAACUGAAUCUUCUGGUUCCGUUUUGUACUUCAGACACUGACAAGGCAACAACUUUACAAUGGACGACAGCAUUUCUAAAAUACAUUCAAGAAAGGCAUGGGGAUUCCCUGAAAAAGGAAUUUGAGACUGUGUUCUGUGGUAAAACAGGGAGACGGCUAAAAUUAACAAGAUCAGAUUCAAUAGGAACAGGCCCAGCACAGGAGAUUACACAGAAUCGUAUGUCCAUGGAGAGUAAAUAA